AUGGCAUCGUCCGCUGACCAUCUUUCGGCCCAGGAGCUGGAGACUCUCUCCACCAAAGCUAUUUCUGCCAAGGACGUUGCGUACUGCCCUUAUUCAAAGUUCCGUGUUGGAGCCUGUGUUUUGACGCAAACAGGCGAGUAUUUUCACGGUGCCAACGUAGAGAACGCUGCCUAUCCUGUUGGGACCUGUGCAGAAAGGGUUGCAUUGGGGACCGCGGUUGUAGCUGGGCAUCGAGACUUUAAAGCAAUUGCUGUUGCAACAGACAUUGAACCAGCAGCAUCACCUUGCGGCAUGUGCAGACAGUUCAUACGUGAAUUUUGCACUUCAUCAUUUCCCAUCUUUAUGUAUGACGGGCAAGGGAAUUUUACUAUGAAAACUAUCGGAGAGCUUCUGCCGGACUCAUUCGGCCCAGACGAUUUGCCUGGAGCCAAGGAGCAAUCUUAGGUCCCUACUUUCAACCUAGGCCUCUCUCAUCUCCAGGUCCGGUGCGAUUGUAUGGAACGCGUCUCCCAUUAACGCAGACCUGACAGUCUUACUGGGUCCAUAAUACGCACUUCCCCCCUCUGGGUUGGCUUCAAUUCCAUGGUAAUUUAACUACCAAAGUUCGCAAAGUGGCCCUAUAUGAUUGCUGAGCAGAGCGGCCUUGUCAAUUCAGGGCUUUGUUUGUAGAUCGAGGAGCGCGCCUUGUUGGACGCCGGACUAGUGGCUAGUAAAAUGGGACCCAGGGCUACGAUAGUAUUCUUGCCUCAUAGUCGGAAAGACCUCAUCUCCUUGGAAAAGUUUUCUGACAUAUCACCCUGAAUGCAUACGUCAAUCUGGUUAAUAUCUCAUACACAUCUGGCACGACAUGAUCCAGAAAGCACCCACAGAACAUAUCACCGUCAGAUUAAUGGUACACAAAGUAUGUAAGGGACUAUGAUCUUCAUAAACAAC